AACGCGUCUUCUCCAGACGACACCUGUCGAUCCGACGAGUUCACGUGCGCAAACAAGCACUGCAUCCAGAAAUCGUGGGUGUGCGACAGCGACGAUGACUGCGGGGACGGCAGCGACGAGAAAGAUUGCAAACCGGUCACCUGUGGCCCGUCGGAGUUCGCCUGUUCAAAGAAUUAUUGCAUAACGUCACGAUGGAGAUGCGACGGUGACUUCGAUUGUCCAGACAGAGCCGAUGAAAUCGGAUGCACGUAUUUGAACGGCGAACGACCGAGCCAUUGCAACAAGGACGAGGACUUCGACUGCGACGAUGAUUUCACGUGCAUACACAAAAGUUGGGUGUGCGACGGUGAGAAAGAUUGUCCGAACGGGGCCGACGAGUUGCCAAAACAGUGUCACAACGUAACGUGCAGACCGGAUCAGUUCCAAUGCGAGGAUCGUCGUAAUUGUAUAUCAGGCCACUUAUACUGCAACGGUAAACCAGAAUGCGCGGACUGCAGCGACGAGAAGAAUUGCACCAGCAAAACCACCGUUUGCGAUCCGUCGACACAAUUCGAAUGUAGCGAGGGCUCGUGUAUCCCUCUUUCCAGCGUGUGCAACAAAAACCGUGAUUGCAUCGGCUGGGAGGACGAGAACGAAGAUCUUUGUGGCGUGAACGAGUGUUUGAAGAACAACGGCGGGUGUUCGCAAAUUUGCAUCGAUCUGCCAAUCGGCUUCCGGUGUGAUUGCAGCGCGGGAUACAGGCUGAUUGACAAUAGAACCUGCGACGAUAUAGACGAAUGCUUGGAACCGGGCAGCUGUUCCCAGUUCUGUUUGAACGAGAAGGGCGGUUUCAAGUGCAGCUGCGCCCCGGGUUAUCUUAAAGAUCCCAGGAACCAUACUCGCUGCAAGGCGGCGGAAGGCCACGCCAGCCUACUUUUUACCAGAAGACACGAUAUAAGAAAAGUGGCGCUGGAUCGUUUGGAAAUGACGAAUAUAGUGAAAGAUACGAAAAUGGCCGCGGCCUUGGAUUUCGUUUUUCGCACGGGCAUGAUCUUCUGGAGUGACAGCAGCGAAAAGAAGAUCUACAAAGCUCCGAUAGACGAAGGCAACGAGCGUACAGUUGUGAUUGACGAUGGUUUGACAACGUCGGACGGACUUGCCGUUGACUGGAUAUAUAGUCAUAUUUAUUGGACCGAUUCCAAGAAGAGUACCAUAGAGUUGGCCAAUUUCGAGGGUAAUAUGAGGAAAACGUUGAUCCGAGAUCGGGUGCAAGAACCUAGAGCGAUAGCUCUGAACCCACUGGAGGGUUGGAUGUUUUGGACCGAUUGGAGCGACGAAGCCCGCAUAGAAAAAGCGGGCAUGGACGGAUCUCAUCGAACGGUAAUAGUCGAUCAUGACGUACAGUGGCCAAAUGGACUGACUCUGGACUUGAUCGGCAAGAAAAUAUACUGGGUAGAUGCGAAGCUGAAUAUAAUUGGAUCGUGUAACUACGAUGGUUCAGGUAUACGAACGGUUCUGUAUUCUCCGGAAGUAUUGAGGCAUCCCUUCAGUAUUACGACGUUUGAGGACUACGUAUAUUGGACCGACUGGGAUAAAGAGGCGAUAUUUAAAGCAAAUAAAUUCACUGGCAAAUCUGUCGAAGCUGUAACGUCGCUUCGAACUCUGAAAUAUCCAAUGGUCGUUCAUGUUUAUCAUCCGUACAGACAGCCAGACGGAAUGAAUCAGUGUCAGGCUGUGAAUGGCCAUUGCAGUCACUUGUGUUUACCAGCACCAAGAAUUAAUUCGAAAUCACCUCUUCUUAGUUGUGCUUGUCCAGAUGGCCUAAGAUUGUUACCUGACGGUUUAAUGUGUGUGGAGAAAGUAAGUACAACUGUAGCACCCACAACGCAAGAAAUUAGCAAACCAUUCAAGAGACUUGAACCCUUCGACGUGACUACGACUACUCAUCCAACACAUUCGGCAGAUGGAGAUGGAAAAGAUGAUCUGACAUCUGAAUCCACAGAUCCUGGUUUAGUCGCUGGUAUAGUGAUAGGCGUGGCGUCCUUAGGGCUGUUACUCCUUGCAUUAGUGGCAGUAUUAUGCUACAGGCAUUAUCUUCAUCGUAAUGUAACGAGUAUGAACUUUGAUAAUCCUGUGUAUAGGAAAACCACAGAAGAUCAAUUUAGUCUUGAAAAGAAUAGGUUUCCACUCCCUACUGCUACGGUUGGAGAAGAGGCUCAGGAACCUUUAACGAGUCCUGGAACUAAUGAUUACGUUUAAGAAUGAGUCUGUCAAUGAAACGGGCUUAGCAGGCUAUUGAAAUAUAAUGUCGACCAAGUAACACAAAAAUCAUGUAUAAAAAAAAAAAGAAAAAAGAGCGAUGAAGCGCAUGUCGAGCGAGCCUGUCCAAUAAUACGCCUGCAUUUGCCCACCUGCCUGCCAACUCAACUGUGAUUAUGUUUAUUUUUUUGUACUGUUUCUAUUUCUUUACAAAUUUGUGCAUCUUGUCAUUCAACUACUAUUACACGUAUGUGCAACAUUUAGAUUUGCUCCGAGGCAUAAAGGGAGAAAUAUUUAGGUGAACUAUAAUUAUUGCCAAAUAAGCGUUUAAGCGUCAGUUUUCGGGUAGUUUGAUAAGAUACAAUAAAAAUCCUAUUUUAUAAUGGUUUCCCUUUUGUUUACACGCGGUAAUCUGUAACAUAGUGCUAUUUAUCAAUCUAUGUGGGGUCUUGAUGCAACUAUGUUUAAAUUUAUAUAAAUAUAUAUAUAUAUAGAGAGAAUAUUUUUAUCUACAUGUAAGAUUUUUAACUUGUUAUUGUUUCACUAUUUAUUCUUUAAGGAUAUAUUUUGUCGCGUAUAACUUUUAGUUAGAUAUAUUGUUGCAUUACUAGAAUCUCAUGUAUAUAAUACACGAAUAUGCGAAGUACAUAAUAGAAAUAAUUUUAUGAAUCAUUAGUAACCAUAUUGAAUUGCCAGAAACCCUUUACGAUCAGUUGCAAAUUCAUUACAUUAUUUAUAAUACCGUUUUGUUUUUUUUAAUAUAUAUAUCGUACAAUAUUUUAUAGUGCCAAAAGAAAGUGUUUAAAAAUUAUCGUGUUCACUAAUAUUUAUAGUAAUCAAAAACAUUUUCCUAAACAAUCGAAAAUUCUUCUUUGAUAUAUUAUAAAUUUAGGAAUAGCAAUACUUGUAUUUAAUCCCAGUAAUAGCUCAAAUGAUGGCGUUUAAGUAUAUGAAUGUGUAAGUUGUUCUUUUGUAUGUGAACACACAUUUCUCCUUUUAUGUCAUUUAUGCGAUAUAUAGAAGCAAUAUUUCCAGAGCACGUUCAUAGAAUUUUCUUUAACAGCUGCCUGUGUUUGUAUAAGUAGCUCAUAUCAUAGUAAAACACUUUUCACUUUUAUGUUAUAAUUAUAAUGAAAUAGAUUGAAAACCAAUUAGAUGUAAUACGAUCAGCUCAAUGACACUAAGUGUGACUGUGUGUCUGUUAAAAGUACUGUUGUUUAGGUAUUUCAACCUACUAAAAAAGAUCAGUGUAUAUGUAUAGAACUAUCGCCUCGGGUUUAAGAAUUUUACUUAUUACAUAUACUUUAUGAUUAUUGUAUUAAAUAAUUAAAUGUGAGACAGACGUUCUUCUAGGUAAGAUUAUUAAGAAGUAUAAUAAUAUUAGAGCGAACUAACAGUUGUGUAUAUUAAAAAGUAGCAAUAUCUUCAUUACAUAUUAAAAUUUUUUAUUUUUAAAUGAUAAAAAUAAAUACAAUAAAUAUUUUCAUCUAACAAUUUGUUACUGUAAUUCAAAAGAUAUUCUCUUCAAAUUAUUUUUUUACAUGUAGAAAUACUCUGUUGCAAAUUAUGCGUUUUUCGACAGAUUUUAUAUUGCUAAUUUAUCGAAUGAAAUAGGAAUUUGCUACUUUUUAAUAGAGCACAUAUUCUUAUCUACGAGUGAAAGAAAGCAAAGUCCAAAAUUAAAAUAUAGAGGCUCGACGGUGAUUUUAAUCAAAAGAUAGCAAGAGUGUGGUGAGUAUCAGUUGCAAUUAAUUGUGUGAGUCACAAGGCAUAAUUUAGCCAAUCUAUUCGCCAAAAUCGUGUCAAACAUUAUUUCUAUGCAAUAUAUAUUAUCACUACACACGCAUAAUAUAAAUAUAUAUUAUAUAUAUAAUUUAUUAUAAUGAUUAUUGUAUAAAUAAAUAUAUAAAAUAAAUUA